UUUGUACAGGCCUAGUCACCUGAAACCACUUAUUUGAUACACCCUCUGUUACUGCCGCUUCGUCUCUUCUGGAGAUUCUCUGCGGAACCAAGAACCACACAUCUCUGUGAUGUCCCUCUGUUGCUAAGCUCCAUUCACCCUGUGGACCUGGGACAGAGGAACUCUAAGGCGGACUCGGCAGCACGGUGAAGGGAAGGAGGGGAGAAAGCAGGUGUCCAAGAUGCUAAGGCUUGUCGUGGAGUCGGCCAAGAUUAACCCACCUCUCAGCCCCCCGCCCAAACCCUGUGUAAUUGUCUACUUCAGAGAUAUGAAGAAAAGAACCCGUGUGGAGGAAGGAAAUGACCCCAUAUGGAAUGAGACCCUGAUCUGGCACCUCUGGAAUCGACCACUGGAAAACGACUCCUUCCUGCAAGUCAUCCUUCAGGAUGAGGGCUUUAAGAAGAAAGAUAGGUUCAUUGGCCUGGUCACUGUACUGCUCAAGCAGCUGGUGCAGAGACCGAAUGAAGUCUUUUUUGUGAAGAAUCUGACCCUGCUCAACCAUGCCAUGAAACCCACUGAUUGUACUGUCACCCUACAGGUGGCCCAAAUAUAUGACCAGGAUACUGAGAUGACAGGCAAUGAAGAACUCCUGGACUCAACUGCAAAUAAGGUGACCCAGCAGAAACCCAUGGUCCCCAGCCUCACCAUGCACAGGGCCCUGGCUUCCAAGCCUCAGCACUUUCAGGUUCGGCUGAAGGUGUUUGAAGCCCGACAGCUCCUGGGCAACAACAUCAAGCCGGUAGUGAAGAUAAACAUCGCAGGCCAUCAACAUCUCACUCGGAUCAAGACCGGAAACAAUCCCUUCUUCAAUGAGACGUUCUUCCAGAAUUUUCAUGAGGUCCCCGCCAAGUUUUUUGAGGAGAACAUCUUAAUCCAGGUGGUGGACUCUGCAGCAUGGAGAUCCAAAGCAGAGAUUGGAAGAUUCCAAACGGACAUUGGGUUUAUCUACCAUUCCCCAGGUCACACACUCCUAAGGAAAUGGUUAGGCCUCUGCCAGCGAAAUAAGACCGUCAGUGGUGUGAGAGGCUACCUGAAAGUCACCAUCUGUGCCCUUGGCAUGGGAGACCAGGCGCUGGUAGAUCAAAAGCUGCCCUACGAGGCUGGGGACACCCAGGUCCAGAUCUUCAAGUCGAAGGCCGUCCCAAUCAGCCUGGCUUACUUACAGUUCUUCAUCUACUGUGCAGAGGACCUUCAUCAUUUCAAGAAGCACCAGUCAGCUGCUACUGCCUUGGAGGUGGAACUAAUCGGGGACAAGCUCAGGACACAUACACAGGCCCAGAAUGACAGCCCAGUAUGGAACCAAAUCCUCACCUUCCAGAUUCAGCUGCCCUGCCUGUCUAGCUACAUCAAGUUCAGAGUCUUGGACUGCUCCAAACGUGAUUGCCGGGAAGAGAUUGGCUCUGCCAGCUUGUGCCUCAACCAGAUCUCGUCCACUGGCGAGGAGAUCCAAGGAAUGUACUCUGGCUUCCUGCCCUGCUUUGGCCCCAGCUUCCUGACUCUCCGUGGGGGUAAAAAGGCCCCUUUUAGGACCCCAGAGAAAGGCACUUGUAUCCUUGAUGCUGUUAAGGAUGGUUUAACUUAUCGAGGCCGAAUCUUCGUGGAGAUAAUCACCCAGCUAAAGUCUCACCAAGACUCUGUGAUAAUGGAUCUGUCUCGGGAAGUGGCCCAGAUAGAGAGACAGCAGUAUCGCCAAAAGUAUGGGCUGUGCGUCAUCUUCCUUUCCUGUACCAUGAUGCCCAAAUUUAAGGACCUGAUCCAGUUCGAGGUCAGCAUGGGCCACUAUGGAAACCAGAUGGAUCCAAACUACAAGCCUCUCGUGUCAACCACCCAGCACAGCCCGGUGAUAUAUGAUGGGACUAUCUACCAUUAUGUGCCCUGGUACAACACGAAGCCUGUGGCGACGGUGACCUCCCAAUGGGAGGAUGUCAGCUUCCGGAUGAAUUGCCUCAACCUCCUCCACGUCACCCGGGAUCACCUGAAAGCCAACCUGGACACCCUCAAGUCCAUACGGAAUCCGAAGGAUCCAGCUCUGCUCCAACAGUGGGAGAAGCUGCUGAGGGAGCUGAUUGAGGACUGCCGGCGCCCUCUGCCUUGUAUGACUGCUCAGCCCAAAGCUAACAACUUGGACAAGAAUAAAUGGCAGCUUCGCAACCAUCUUCUACGCCAACUAGCGCAGAGGGCCUCGGAAGCCAAGCCAAGGAAGAUGGUGGUCACGGCAGAGGACUGGCUGCGUCGUCUCAAUGCUGUGAUCCCCGAGCCCCAGGAGAGCCUGCCUGAUGUGAUGAUCUGGCUGACGUCUAAGCAGCAGCGAGUGGCCUAUGCUCGGGUGCCUGCCCAUACUGUCCUGUUCUCCCCAGCAGGACCCCUGAGCUCUGGCAAGUUCUGUGGGAAGAUUCAGAACCUCUUCUUACAGUACCCAGAAGGUGAAGGAGAGAACACGCUCCCAGCUCACCUCCGGGUCUGCAUGUGGCUUGGCAAUGUCGUACACAGCAAGAAUCUGAAGCUGCUCCAACAAGGCAACAUGGUGGUGUACGCGGAGACGUAUGAAAAUCAGGCCAAGUACAAAGACCAGUGGGGAGAACAAGGACUGUACCACUGCCCCACCUUCUCAGAUGUCAUGGGACGCAAGGCCGUCCCCAAGUCAGAUUUCAAGGCUCCCGUGGGGUGGCAUUGGCAGGGCGACUGGAUUGUGGAGCCUCAGAGGAGACUCCUCCUGGACACAGACAUCAACAAGAGCCAGGUGCUGGAAGAGGUGUAUGAGAACCAGGGCCGCAAAGCCACAGGCGCAUGGGUGCCUGCAGCUCUCCCCAACACAGACGUGAAUGGACAGCCCGUGGAAGCUCUGGAGAAUGUGAAGUGUCCCCAAGGAUGGCACUUUAAGAACAACUGGAUUGUGGAGCUCAACCAUGCAGUGGACAGUGAAGGCUGGGAAUAUGGAGUAGGAAUCCCACCCUCCGGCCUGCCCCAGAUCUGGAACUCGGUCGAAAAGACUUACCAUUCACACCGCCGGCGACGCUGGGUGCGCGUCCGCUUCCGGAACCCCAGGGAGCAGGGCCAGGAGCUGAGCCAGGAGAUGGAGACCCUCUCCUUCCUGCAGAUGCAGGACCUCUCUGGCGAGGGAAAGGAGGGCUGGGAGUACGGCACCUUUGACUCCAAGUUCAACCUGGACCCACAGCCCACGAGCCGGUUCCGUCGCCGCUGUUGGCACCGACGGCUGGUGCCCAAGAAGGAGAAGGGUGUAGCUUCCAUAUUCCUCCUGGAGGGAUCCUUGGCAGUGGAGUUGGAGAGCCAGCCUAAGAAGGAACAGAAUAAAACAUGGUCACUGCAACAUUGGAAGGACUCCUGGAAACACACCCCCGAGAACCCCCGGACCCCCACCAUGCCCUUCAUCUACUGCAUCUUCAACAAGCCUCACUACUACCAGCUCUUCUGCUAUAUCUACCGGGCCCGGAAUCUGAUGUACAACCAGAUCCUGACCUUUCAGGAGCCCUUCAUUCGAGUGGUCUUCUUGAACUACAGCCUGUGUACCCAGACACUACGAAGCUCCGCAGCUCCGACGUGGUCCCAGACGCUCAUCUUCCAGCACCUUCUGCUGUUUGAGAACCCCAAGGAUACCAGAGAGAACCCCCCACUUGUGGUGCUGGAACUGUGGCAACAUGACUCAAGGGGAAACAAAAUCUUAUGGGGAAGGAGCAUGUGGCCCCCGGUGGUUUGGCUGGACCUCCAAGGCUGGGCCUUGACCCCCCUGAGGUGGCAUCCCCUUGUGAGAGAGUUGGGAGAGGAAGAGGGGGAGAUCUUGGCAUCCUGUGAGCUGAUCCUCGAGACUGAGAAGCUGAAAGACACACCUCUGCCAAUCCUGAGUGUCCCCUGUAAGAAUGGGAUCUACACACUGCCCAAGAACAUCCAGCCCGAAGUGAAAAUGAUGGCCAUUGAGAUUAUGGCUUGGGGCCUUCGAAACAUGAAGGCGCAUCACCCCCAGCUCCUGGUGGAAUGUGGGGAGGAGUCCCUGAGGACAGAGCCCAUCAGCAACUUCCAGGAGAAUCCCAACUUCCCUAAGUCCAACUUCUUCCUCACGGUGUUCAUGCCUCUGGAGGAGACCCAUGCAUUGCCCCUGGUGGUGAAAGUGGUGGACAACCAGGUCUAUGGCCAGCAGAUUGUGGUGGGUCAAGCUAACAUUGACUUCCUCCAGCCCUAUUUCUGUGACCCCUGGGCUCUGAACUACACACCUGUAAAGCUGCCAGCCCUGUCUGUGAAGAAGCCCAAUACUUUCCUAGGCACCCUCUACAAGAAGUUGUGGUUGGAGUCCAGCAAAGAUGAGGAUGACUAUGAGCAUGAUGUGGACUGGUGGAGUAAGCUAUUCUGGGCCACAGGUGAUGCUGACAGUUCCGUGCCCUACAAGUACAAAAGCUACCACACCCUGAAGGUGUAUGACUGUGAGCUGGAGGCCGUUCUGGCCUUCCAGGGCCUGCAAGACUUCUGCCAGACCUUCAAACUUUACCAGGAGAAGCCCAAGGUGGACAGCCCUGUGGUAGGGGAAUUCAAGGGCCUCUUCCGCAUCUACCCCUUUCCCGAGGACCCAGAGGCCCCCAAGCCCCCACGUCAGUUCUCGUCUUGGCCUGAGACUGAGGACUUCCCUCAGCCAUGCAUGGUGCGGGUAUACCUGAUACGAGCCAUCAACCUGCAGCCACAGGACUACAAUGGCCUGUGUGACCCUUACGUGAUCCUGAAACUGGGGCAGACGAAACUCGGCAGCCGGGACUCAUACUACCCCAACACUCUGGAUCCUAUCUUUGGCACGAUGUAUGAACUCACAUGUACCAUCCCACUGGAGAAGGACCUAGAGAUCCAGCUCUACGACUUUGACCUAAUUACUGCAGAUGAUGAGAUUGGAACUACAGUUAUCGACCUUGAGAAUCGACUUCUGUCUGGCUUUGGAGCCCGUUGUGGGCUCUCUAAAUCCUACUGCAAGUCAGGACCAUUUCGGUGGCGGGAUCAGCUGUCCCCAAGCCACCUUCUGACCCGCUAUGCCAGACAGAAAGGGCUGCCUCCACCGGUAUUUGACCUUGAGAAUGACUCAGUUUUCUACAAUGGGAAAAGGUUCGAGUUGCAGAGCUUUGAGUCCACACCCCCUACCUUUGAGGGCUUGGGGCCUAAGAAGGAACGCCUGGCACUGUACAUCUUGAACACCCAGGGGCUGGUUCCUGAGCAUGUGGAGACCCGCACACUGUACAGUAACAGCCAGCCAGGUAUCGACCAGGGAAAAAUACAAAUGUGGGUGGAUAUCUUCCCCAAGAUGCUGGGGCCUCCUGGCCCCCGAGUCAACAUCAGCCCCAGAAGGCCUAAACGGUACGAACUGCGCUGCAUCAUCUGGAGCACCUCCCACGUGGACCUGGUUCGUCAGACCUUAAGUAAAGAGAAGAUGAGCGACAUCUACGUCAAAGGGUGGCUAUCUGGGCUAGAGAAGGACACGCAGAAGACAGAUGUCCACUACCACUCGCUGACUGGGAAGGCCAUCUUCAACUGGAGGUUCAUCUUUACCAUGGACUACCUGGCGACAGAGCGUGUAUGCGUCCAAAGCCAGAAGGACUACAUAUGGAGCCUGGAUCCCACAUCAAUGAAGUUUCCAGCCCGGCUCAUCAUCCAGAUAUGGGACAAUGACUUCUUCUCCCCUGAUGACUUCUUGGGGGUCUUGGAGCUGAAUUUAUCAGACAUGCCCCUUCCGGCUGCGAGCAGCAAGCAGUGUUCCCUCAAGAUGAUGGAAAUGGACAGCAAAUGGCCCUCCAUGCAACCGAAGCGCAUCUCUCUCUUUAAGAAGUCCAAUGUAACUGGAUGGUGGCCUUGUCAGGUCCACGAUGGUGACAAGUGGCGUCUGUCGGGUAAAGUGAAGAUGACUCUGGAGAUGCUGUCAGAGAGGGAAGCUUUAAUCAGGCCAGCCGGGCGAGGCCAGUCAGAACCCAACCAGUUCCCUACACUCCAUCCUCCCGUACGAAAUGACACCUGGUGGUACCAGUCACCUGUUAAAAACUUCUGCUAUGUUUUCUGGAAACGCUACCGCACCAAAAUCAUAUGCUGUGCGGUGGUGCUGGUUCUAGGGAUUAUACUAUUCAACUUCGUCUAUUCGACUCCGAACUAUUUGGCCAUGGCCUGGAUCAAACCUGAACUUCGGCUGAAUCCUCCCAUUAAAAUAGUCAACCUCAUCGGUUCAGUAAACACCAGCAGUAUCAACUCUACCGUCUUUUCCAUGGAGGGCUCAAAACUACGGCCUUUAAAAGACAAUGGGUCGACAUUCCUCUAAGGACCCAGGAAUCACAUGAAAGAUGUCGUCCCAGAGAUUCCAGGUCCACAAGGCUAGGUGACCUGACUUUUCUCUCCUGCCAAGCACCCUGACCCUUGGGCUUCCUAGCAGAUCCUUGUUUGAGUCUUCUAGGAUCUAUCCAAAGGGCUGUGCAUAGUCUGACUCAAAUGUUUACAGGGACCACCUCUAACAAGAGCAGAGCUGUUCAUUUCCUACUGAAAUAAAUAGGUUUUUCUAACAAAGCCACUUGGCACUUGGGGGGUUGGGAUUAAAGACAAUGUGAAAGGCA